CCCUUCAGCUGCUGGCACCUUUUGCCGGGAAAAUAUGGUGCAGCAUUUUCAGUGCUACUAGUUUAAUUAACCUGCUGAUGAGGUUCAAAAGCAGAGAGACUGGAAUUCUGGUUGAUGAGAUUGUGGUCUGCCCGGUUUCCUGGUCCUCCUGGCUGCAAGAUCCUUGUGUGCGGGUGUCCCCUCCAGUGGAGAACAGAGAGCGUGAGUGUGGCUCACACUCUCCCCUAGCAGGAAGGCCAGUAUAUCUCUGCCUUGGCUUGUCUGAUUCAAGAGUGCCUGGUGAAGAAUGUGAUGGGAUCACUAGCAUGUCUGCGGAGAGCGGCCCUGGGACGAGAUUGAGAAAUCUGCCAGUAAUGGGGGAUGGACUAGAAACUUCCCAAAUGUCUACAACGCAGGCCCAGGCCCAACCUCAGCCAGCCAACGCAGCCAGCACCAACCCCCCGCCCCCGGAGACCUCCAACCCUAACAAGCCCAAGAGGCAGACCAACCAACUGCAAUACCUGCUCAGAGUGGUGCUCAAGACACUAUGGAAACACCAGUUUGCGUGGCCUUUCCAGCAGCCUGUGGAUGCCGUCAAGCUGAACCUCCCUGAUUACUAUAAGAUCAUUAAAACACCUAUGGAUAUGGGAACAAUAAAGAAGCGCUUGGAAAACAACUAUUACUGGAAUGCUCAGGAAUGUAUCCAGGACUUCAACACUAUGUUUACAAAUUGUUACAUCUACAACAAGCCUGGAGAUGACAUAGUCUUAAUGGCAGAAGCUCUGGAAAAGCUCUUCUUGCAAAAAAUAAAUGAACUACCCACAGAAGAAACCGAGAUCAUGAUAGUCCAGGCAAAAGGAAGAGGACGUGGGAGGAAAGAAGCAGGGACAGCAAAACCUGGCGUUUCCACGGUACCAAACACAACUCAAGCAUCAACUCCUCCGCAGACCCAGACCCCUCAGCCGAAUCCUCCUCCUGUGCAGGCCACGCCUCACCCCUUCCCUGCCGUCACCCCAGACCUCAUCGUCCAGACCCCUGUCAUGACAGUGGUGCCUCCCCAGCCACUGCAGACACCCCCGCCGGUGCCCCCCCAGCCACAACCCCCACCCGCUCCAGCUCCCCAGCCUGUACAGAGCCACCCACCUAUCAUCGCAGCCACCCCACAGCCUGUGAAGACAAAGAAAGGAGUGAAGAGGAAAGCAGACACCACCACCCCCACCACCAUCGACCCCAUUCACGAGCCACCCUCACUGCCCCCGGAGCCCAAGACCACCAAGCUGGGCCAGCGGCGGGAGAGCAGCCGGCCUGUGAAACCUCCAAAGAAGGACGUGCCCGACUCUCAGCAGCACCCAGCACCAGAGAAGAGCAGCAAGGUCUCAGAGCAGCUCAAGUGCUGCAGCGGCAUCCUCAAGGAGAUGUUUGCCAAGAAGCACGCCGCCUAUGCCUGGCCCUUCUACAAGCCUGUGGACGUGGAGGCGCUGGGCCUGCACGACUACUGUGACAUCAUCAAGCACCCCAUGGACAUGAGCACAAUCAAGUCUAAACUGGAGGCCCGUGAGUACCGUGAUGCUCAGGAGUUUGGUGCUGACGUCCGAUUGAUGUUCUCCAACUGCUAUAAGUACAACCCUCCUGACCACGAGGUGGUGGCCAUGGCCCGCAAGCUCCAGGAUGUGUUCGAAAUGCGCUUUGCCAAGAUGCCAGAUGAGCCUGAGGAACCAGUGGUGGCCGUGUCCUCCCCGGCAGUGCCCCCUCCCACCAAGGUUGUGGCCCCGCCCUCGUCCAGCGACAGCAGCAGCGAUAGCUCCUCGGACAGUGACAGUUCGACUGAUGACUCUGAGGAGGAGCGAGCCCAGCGGCUAGCUGAGCUCCAGGAGCAGCUCAAAGCCGUGCACGAGCAGCUUGCAGCCCUCUCUCAGCCCCAGCAGAACAAACCAAAGAAAAAGGAGAAAGACAAGAAGGAAAAGAAAAAAGAAAAGCACAAAAGGAAAGAGGAAGUGGAAGAGAAUAAAAAAAGCAAAGCCAAGGAACCUCCUCCCAAAAAGACAAAGAAAAAUAAUAGCAGCAACAGCAGUGCGAGCAAGAAGGAGCCAGCGCCCAUGAAGAGCAAGCCCCCUCCCACGUAUGAGUCGGAGGAAGAGGACAAGUGCAAGCCUAUGUCCUAUGAGGAGAAGCGGCAGCUCAGCCUGGACAUCAACAAGCUCCCCGGCGAGAAGCUGGGCCGCGUGGUGCACAUCAUCCAGUCACGGGAGCCCUCGCUGAAGAACUCCAACCCCGAUGAGAUUGAGAUCGACUUUGAGACCUUGAAGCCGUCCACACUGCGUGAGCUGGAGCGCUAUGUCACCUCCUGUUUGCGGAAGAAAAGGAAACCUCAAGCUGAGAAAGUUGAUGUGAUUGCCGGCUCCUCCAAGAUGAAGGGCUUCUCAUCCUCAGAGUCGGAGAGCUCCAGUGAGUCCAGCUCCUCUGACAGCGAAGACUCCGAAACAGAGAUGGCUCCGAAGUCAAAAAAGAAGGGGCACCCCGGGAGGGAGCAGAAGAAGCACCAUCAUCACCACCAUCAGCAGAUGCAGCAGGCCCCGGCUCCUGUGCCCCAGCAGCCGCCCCCGCCUCCCCAGCAGCCCCCACCGCCUCCACCUCCGCAGCAGCAACAGCAGCCGCCGCCCCCACCUCCCCCACCAUCCAUGCCUCAGCAGGCAGCCCCGGCGAUGAAGUCCUCGCCCCCACCCUUCAUUGCCACCCAGGUGCCCGUCCUGGAGCCCCAGCUCCCAGGCAGCGUCUUUGACCCCAUUGGCCACUUCACCCAGCCCAUCCUGCACCUGCCGCAGCCCGAGCUGCCCCCUCACCUGCCCCAGCCGCCUGAGCACAGCACUCCACCUCAUCUCAACCAGCACGCGGUGGUCUCUCCUCCAGCUUUGCACAACGCACUGCCCCAGCAGCCAUCACGGCCCAGCAACCGAGCCGCUGCCCUGCCUCCCAAGCCCGCCCGGCCCCCAGCCGUGUCACCAGCGUUGACCCAACCACCCCUGCUCCCACAGCCCCCCAUGGCCCAACCGCCCCAAGUAUUGCUGGAGGAUGAAGAGCCACCUGCCCCACCCCUCACCUCCAUGCAGAUGCAGCUGUACCUGCAGCAACUGCAGAAGGUGCAGCCCCCUACGCCGCUACUCCCUUCCGUGAAGGUGCAGUCCCAGCCCCCCUCCCAGGGCCAGCAGCCCCCCCACCAGCCCCCAGGCCAGCAGCCACCCCCACCGCAGCCUGCCAAGCCUCAGCAAGUCAUCCAGCACCACCAUUCACCCCGGCACCACAAGUCGGACCCCUACUCAACCGGUCACCUCCGCGAAGCCCCCUCCCCGCUUAUGAUACAUUCCCCCCAGAUGUCACAGUUCCAGAGCCUGACCCACCAGUCUCCACCCCAGCAAAACGUCCAGCCUAAGAAGCAGGAGCUGCGUGCAGCCUCCGUGGUCCAGCCCCAGCCCCUGGUGGUGGUGAAGGAGGAGAAGAUCCACUCACCCAUCAUCCGCAGUGAGCCCUUCAGCCCCUCGCUGCGGCCGGAACCCCCCAAGCACCCGGAGAGCAUCAAGGCCCCCGUCCAUCUGCCCCAGCGGCCGGAGAUGAAGCCUGUGGAUGUCGGGAGGCCUGUGAUCCGGCCCCCCGAGCAGAACGCACCGCCACCGGGGGCCCCUGACAAGGACAAACAAAAACAGGAGCCGAAGACUCCGGUUGCACCCAAAAAGGACCUGAAAAUCAAGAACAUGGGCUCCUGGGCCAGCCUAGUGCAGAAGCAUCCAACAACCCCCUCCUCCACAGCCAAGUCAUCCAGCGACAGCUUUGAGCAGUUCCGCCGUGCUGCUCGGGAGAAGGAGGAGCGUGAGAAGGCCCUGAAGGCUCAGGCUGAGCACGCUGAGAAGGAGAAGGAGCGGCUGCGGCAGGAGCGCAUGAGGAGCCGAGAGGAUGAGGAUGCGCUGGAGCAGGCCCGGCGGGCCCAUGAAGAGGCUCGCCGGCGCCAGGAGCAGCAGCAGCAGCAGCAGCAGCGCCAGGAGCAGCAGCAGCAGCAGCAACAACAAGCGGCUGCAGUGGCUGCCGCUGCCACCCCCCAGGCCCAGAGCUCCCAGCCCCAGUCCAUGCUGGACCAGCAGAGGGAGUUGGCCCGGAAGCGGGAGCAGGAGCGAAGACGCCGGGAAGCCAUGGCAGCUACCAUUGACAUGAAUUUCCAGAGUGAUCUAUUGUCAAUAUUUGAAGAAAAUCUUUUCUGAGCGCACCUAGGUGGCUUUUGACUUUGAUUUUCUGGCAAAACAUUGACUUUCCAUAGUGUUAGGGGCGGCGGUGGAGGUGGGAGCAGCGGCCAGGGGAUGCCUCAGGGCCUGGCCCUCCUGCAUGCUAUGCCCGGGGCAGGCCUGACGGGCAGCUGAGGAUUGCAGAGCCUAUCUGCCUUACGGCCGGUCGGACAGACGUCCCGCCACCCACCACCCCGCACAGGACGUCCGCUCAGCGCACGCCUUGUUACGAGCAAGUGCCGGCUGGACCCAAGCCCUGCAUCCCCACGUGCGGGGCAGAGGCCCUUCUCUCCGCCAAAUGUCUACACAGUAUACACAGGACAUCGUUGCUGCCGCCACCGUGACUGGUUUUCUGUCCCCAAGAACGUGACGUUCGUGACGUCCUGCCCGCCAGGAGUCCUUCCCCACACCCUAGCAAUCGCCGCCCGCUCCCAGGAGGCCAGGGCAGGCCCGCGUGGGCUGGAAGCGGGCGAGGCCAGCCCACCCCCUCGCUGGCACUGACUUUGCCUUGAACAGACCCCCCCGACCCUCCCCCACAAGCCUUUAAUUGAGAGCCGCUCUCUGUAAGUGUUUGCUUGUGCAAAAGGGAAUAGUGCCGUGGAGGUGUGUGUGUCCAUGGCAUCCGGAGCGAGGCGACUGUCCUGUGUGGGUAGCCCUCGGCCGGGGAGUGAGGCCGCCAACCAAAGUCAGUUCCUUCCCACCUGUGUUUUUUUUUUUUUUUUUUUUUUUUUUCCUAUAUAUAUUUUUUGUUGAAUUCUAUUUUAUUUUUAAUUCUCUCUUCUCCUCCAGACACAAUGGCACUGCUUAUCUCCGAAAUGGUGUGAUCGUCUCCUCAUUGAGCAGCGGCUGCCACCGCGCUGUGGGUAGUGUGUGACCGUGGCUGUACUGUAUAGUGAACAUAGUUGGCAUAUCUUUGUUUGAAGUUUGUUGGUGACUCCACCAAACUGGUGUAAAAAAAGAAAAAGCUCAAAAAAAUCCACAAAAAAGACAAAACACACAAAAAAAUCUGCCUAUAUUUUACUCAGUUUCAAACUUUAUUAGUCUAUUUUUAAUUAUAAAACCAGAAAGCUGCGAUUUCUUUUCCUUCCCCUCCCCCCCCACCCAUUUGUUGGCUUUUUUGUUUUUUAAUGUCAGAUCUGUUGAGUUGGGUUUUUUUGUUGUUGUUGGUUUUUUUUUUUUUUUUUUUUUUUUUACUGAGGAAGGGCCAAGGGAUGAGGUGGGCACCAGACCCUGGGGGCGCCACAGACUGAGACUCCCCCACCUGGCGCCCAGCCCUGACCAGCUGGCCGCUCCUGCCCAUGCUUUUUUUUUUUUUAAUUUUAUAAUUGGAGCCCUUGGUGAGGUUACGCGUGCCAUGAGAACCCACUCUACACCAUGACGCUGGUGCCUCAGUGUUGGCCAAACUCUGGAGUCACUGACUGGUUUGACUUUCAUACGGUGAAUAUGCAUUUGGUCUGUACUGAUCAUGGAAUAAACACAUCUCUCUUUUUU